AAUCUUCCUCAAACCUCCCCCCCUAUGGCCUAAAUGCUGACCGCCGCCGCUGAAUGCACCGGUCUCCAGAGCUGGCUGGAGCCGAGCCAAGCCGACCAAUCCACACCAAGGGUGUUGACAAUAUUGUCCUCGGUGCUAGAGAAGCUAGUUGCUCGAAACGACCGGCUCAUAGAAGAGUGCACAAGCCAGGCACUAGAUGGGCUAAGUGGUGGCUUGAGUGGUCCUCGCGUUGGGAGGAACUUGAGCGCUUUUCAAGGAGUGAGGGCUCCAAGCAUAAGCAUAGCCAAGUACUUGGAAAGGCUGUACAAGUACUCUAGUUGUAGCCCCUCGUGUUUCGUGGUGGGAUAUGUGUACAUAGACAGGUUGCUACAUAAAUACCCUGACUCACUUGUGGUCUCCUUGAAUGUUCAUAGGUUGGUGGUCACAAGUGUUAUGGUUGCUUCUAAGAUGCUUGAUGAUGUACACUAUAACAAUGCGUUUUAUGCGCGGGUUGGAGGACUGAGCAAUUCUGAACUGAAUAGGCUUGAAUUGGAGCUGCUGUUUUUGCUGGAUUUCGGAGUCGUGGUCAGCUCCGGAGUUUUCGAGAUUUAUUGCUUGCACUUGGAAAGGGAAAUGUUGGUGACCGGCUCUUGCCAGAAGAUUGAAAAGGUAUUAGACUUAAAUGAUGUGACUGAGAUAUCAGUAGAAGAUACAAAUACAGUUUCUGUGGUGGACUGACUUGAAUCGUGUCUUCUUUUUUAACUUGAUUGAAGAAAAAUGAAUAAGGAAAUGUAUUUUUAAUUGGAUAUGCUGAUCAACGCAAUGGAAACCUCAAUGCUUCGGCUGAAUUGCUGUUCAUCACUUGUUCUUUACA